AUGCAAAAUCAACUAGAAAUUUCAGACAUAAGUCCCAUAAAAGGUGAUCCAAUUGAAGAAUUAAACUUUUCAACCCAAAAAUUAAAUAAAUCGAAGCUCAUAGAGACAAAAGUAGAACAAAUUUUACGGCAAAAUGCUUAACUAUUGACUGAAAAUGAAUAAUUAUAUAAAUAAUUUAGCCAAAAAAGGACUGAAAACGAUAUUUGGAAAACUAAAUAUGAAUCUCAAAUGAAUACAAUAAUCUAAAUAAAAUAAAUAUAUGACCAAGAAAUAAAGCGUUUAAACUAAGAAAUUUAACAAUAGAAAGAAACACACGAAUAAUAUAUCCAAGAAGCUUAAAUGGAGUUUGAAAUGAAUAAAUAAUAGGCAUAAAGUGAUAGUUUAUUACAAAUAGAGCAUAUAAAACGCUCUCAUAAAUAAAAUAUGUAAUUAUUUGAAGAAUAAUUGAGAAAAAUGAAGUAACUAAUCACAAAUAAAGAACAAGAAAUGGAAAAUUUAAAAUUUUAACUUUAAGAAAAUCGAGAAUAUUUCGAAAAAGAGCAAUAAAGACUUAUUUUUGAAAAAGAAAAAAUUAGAAAUAAAUUAAAUGAAUAAGAAGUCUUUUUUUUAGAAGAAAAUGAAAAUUAGAAAAAAAAAAAUGAAUUUUUUGUCAAUUAACAGAUUAUUUCUUUAAAAAAAAUACACGAAAAUGAGACUUUAAUACUAUAAAAUGAACUUGAUAAUUUCAGGAAUUUACUCGAAGUUAAAAACUAGGAAAUUUCUGAUUUAAUUUUUUAAAUUUAAACACUAAAAAUCAACUUUGAAUGUGAAAUAUAAAUACUAAAAGAAGAAAAUGAAGCCUUUAAUUAAUAAUUAAUUCAAAAUAAUAUUUUUAAAGAAUAAGAAAUUAACGAAAUUUAAGAUAAAUUAGUCACUUUACAUACUUAGGAUGUAGAAUAAUUAAAAACAAAUUAACUUAAUAUACUAGAGCAUUUAAAAGAAGAAAAAAAUUAACUCUAGAAGUUACUUUAAAUAAGAUCUGAGGAAAUAUAAUGUGUAAUUUUAGAAAAAAAUUAACUCGGAUAAUAUUUGGAGGGUGAAAGAUUAAUUUUAAAUAGUGAAAUAGAUAGUCUGAAGUUAAAAUUGGAAGAAACAAUAGCCUAAAGAGAAAAAGAAUAUGAACAAAAUUAAAAAAUAAUGAACAAAAUGAACUAAUAGCACUAAGAAUUCUAAAUAAUAUAAAAAAAACAAAUAAAAUUUUUAGAAGAAGAAAACGAGAAAUUAAAAAAUUUACUUAUUUAGAAAAACAAUGAAUUAGAUGUAAAUAUUUUUCAGUUUAAAAAUUCAAGAAAUUAUAUGGAAAAUGAAAAUAAAGAAUUUUUAGAGAAAAUAUAAAAAUUAGAAGUAUAACUAAUUGAUUUAGAAGAAGAAAAAAAAAAAUUUGAAAAUUAAUUUUUGGAAGAAAUUAAUUUUAAGAAAAUUAAAUUUGAUGAGUUUUAAAAAAAAACUAAUUCCUAAAUAUUUUCUUAUGAAAAUUAAAUUAAAAGAUUAAAAGAAAAUCUUGAUGAAUAAGAUGAAGAAUUAAAAAACGUUUUAAAAAUAAAAAAUUAUAUUGAGAAUGAAAAAAAAUAAUUGAAUGAAUAAAAUCAAAAUUUAUAUUAAUAAAUAGUCAAUUUAGAAACUCAAAAAGCUUAAGAAAUGUAAGAAAUUACCUAAAAAAUAACAAUUUCUAAUAAUUAUUAAAUAAAAAUAUUAAAAUAAACACACGAAAAUUAAUAAAACAUUCUUUUAUAAGAAAAUUCUGCACUAAAAAUAUAAUUAGAGAAUAAAGAAAAUAAACUAUAAGAAUAUAUAAAUAAUUUCCAAAAAUUAGAAUCUUUUAGAAAUUAUUAGAAAAUGUCAAAUACUGAUAUUGAUUAUACUUAAAAGUAGGCAGAAGUUAAUACAAGUAGAAAUUUAUAUGAAAUAUAUAUAAAAUCUAAUGAAAAAUAAUAAUAACAUUAUAGAAAACGUAAAUAAUCUUUAGAUGCUUUAAAAUAAAUAACUAAUUAUAGAUGA